AUGGGGGGUGUUACUUUCAUGGAGCGGGAGAACCCUGAGUCUCGCUACCCAGAGUCGCGGGUGCUCAUCAUCAUGACAGGCGGGACCAUCUGCAUGCAGCCAUCUGCUGAUGGUUUGGUCCCCAUGACGGGCUUCCUAGAGAAUGCCAUGGCCCCUCGGCCGUCCUUCAAUGACAGUUCAACUCCCGCGGUCAAGAUCCACGCAUACAAGAACGGAACGAGGACCAGCCUGGACAGUCUGAGAACUCCUCCCAGCGCAUAUUCGCGCCAUAUACGUUAUGGAAUACUGGAAUUCCAUCCGCUGCUUGACUCGAGCUCCAUCUCGUCCAUCGGCUGGACGGAGAUCGCCCUGACGAUCAAGGAGAACUACCAUCUGUUCGACGGUUUCGUGGUCCUCCAUGGGACCGACUCGCUGGCAUAUACCGCGUCCGCUUUGUCUUUCAUGAUGUCUGAUCUCGGGAAGCCGGUCAUUCUUACUGGGUCGCAGGCGUCCAUCUUUGCCUUGCAGUCGGACGCGGUAGACAACUUACUAGGCUCGCUCAUCAUCGCGGGGACAUUUGUCAUCCCUGAGGUCUGCCUCUUCUUUCACCACACGCUCUUUCGUGGUAACAGAACCACCAAGGUCUCGGCCUCGUCUUUCGAAGCGUUCGACAGCCCCAACAGCGACCCACUGGCAAAGGUAACGAGCCUUGGGGUAGACGUCAACUGGUCGCUCGUGCGAAGACCGACCCGGAUUGCCGAGUUCCAAGUCACCAAGUAUCUCGAUACUGCACAUGUGGCGUGCCUGCGUAUCUUUCCUGGUAUCAAGCCUGAAAUGGUGGGUUCUGUGCUUGGGGUGCCAAAUCUACGGGGCCUCAUCUUAGAAACAUUUGGCAUGGGGAACGCGCCCGGCGGUGUGGACGGCAGCUUAACCAAAGUGAUCAGGCUGGCGGUCGAGCGAGGCAUUGUCAUUGUCAACGUGAGCCAGUGCACAAAUGGGUUUGUCUCGCCGCUCUACGCGCCGGGCACGGCUCUGGGACGGGCCGGCGUCGUGUUUGGCCAUGAUCUAACGACGGAAGCCGCCUUGACGAAGCUGUCGUAUCUCCUAGCCCUCCCCAACAUGACUUACACUCAAAUCACGACGCAGAUGUCGCACUCUCUACGCGGCGAGAUGACCGAAAUGACGUUGCCGUCCUUCUCGCACCCAGCAGGCAGCAUCGACUCAGCUGUGGCCCGCUUAACCUCGGCAGAAUCCGCUUUUACGGCACUCGGCUACUCAAUCCGCAACGGCGAUGUCCGCACAGUGCGCGAAAUUCUCGAGGGCGACGAGGUCAACUACCAGCUUCUCAAGCGAGCGGACUACGCCGGGAACACAGCAGUGCAUCUUGCGGCUGUUGGGCCCGAGCCUGAGAUUCUCCGCGUCCUCCUGACACGUGGUGCAAGCGUCCACCCUCGUAACCGGGCCAACAACACGCCACUGUAUCUGGCGGAGAAGAUGGGAAACGACGAAUGCGUCAGGCUGCUGAGAGAAGCUGGCGCGCACCUCUGGGAGGCAGAGUCGUCUGCGAAGACGUCCGAUGCGGGCGAUCUAGCGAGCAAUAGUUUCGUUGAGGUUGACAGCGAAGCGGAGCCCGCUGACUUGGUGUCUUCAGUGGCUGAUGUUGAGUUGGACGAGGGCGUUGAAGUGGAAGUCUAG